AUGAAACUGGACAGACAUACUAAUAGUUAUCUAUAUAACUACCAAGACUAAAGUAACAGAUACUUUAGUUCAACACAACCAACAAAGAAAGAGAUAAAUUAGUUUCUGUACCCCUUGAUAUUCAAUGAGGAAACAAAGAAAAAAUUAUAUGGUUCUACUAUAUUGUUGGCAUUAUCUAAAACCCUUGCAAUAGCGAGUCCUUUCUUUUUAAAGAUUGCAGUAAACGCUAUAGCUGAGGCUCAAAAAAUGGACUUUAAUCUAGCUUGCAUGAGUAUUAUGGCCUAUGGUGCAUCAAGAUUUUUAUCAACAGUGUUUUAGGAAAUAAGAAUGAAUCAAAUAACUUAAAUUAUUCAGACAGGAUUGAAGAAUCUUUCAUUGACAUCUUUCAACCAUCUUCAUACUUUAGAUAUCUACUACCACAAAAUUUCAUCAAAAAAUACUGUGUUUGCUAUUGUUAAAGCAGUAAAAUCAGUUGAGAGUGCAAUGAGGUUUGCUCUUGGAUUCUUCGCUCCUGUUGGCUUUGAAUUUUUCCUUCUAUGUGGAACACUGUAUUUUUAUUGUGGCACCCCUUAUUUAGUAAAUAUGUUAUUUACUCUCUCAAUGUAUACAGCCUUCACUAAAUGGUACAGUUCCUUUAGAUAAGCUUUGAUAAGAAAAAAUAAGAAUAAUGAAAAAAAAUCCGAGUUCUACUUAAACGAGAGUAUCAUGAAUUUUGAAACAGUAAAGAAUUACAAUAAUGAAAAGCUAGAAACAAAGAGAUAUGAGAAACUUUUAAAUAAGAUUAAGGACUCAGGCUAUUUCAUUCAACAGACACUCUCGAAGUUAAAUAUUGGACAGGGCCUCAUUUACUCUCUUGGUUUGACAUUUAAUUUGAUAUUGUCUGCAUAUGAUGUUUCCUAAGGAAAACUAACUCCUGGUGAUUUUGUAAUGAUACAGGCUCUAUUUCUGUAACUCAGUGGACCAAUAAGCAACAUGGGAACACUAUUUAGAUAAAUUGAUUAGUCAUAGGUUGAUAUUGAGGAUCUUUAUUUUCUAAUAUAAUAGUAGCCAUUAGUCAAAGAAUCGCCAAAUGCUAAGCCAUUUAUUUUCAAAGAAGGAUAGAUUGAGUUAAGGAACAUUAAGUUUAAGCAUUUGUUAACAUCUGUUAAUAAGGAGCAUAAAAAAUUGGGUUAAAUAAAUGCAAACCAAGAAAAUAAUUAGAAUAAAUAUCUUUUUGAUGACUUAUCCAUUACAAUAAAGCCAAGAACAACUAAUGCGAUUGUAGGAUAUAGUGGCUUUGGAAAGACUACACUUUUGAAUAUUAUGACAAGAAUUUAUGAUCCAGACUAAGGAUAAGUUCUCAUUGAUGGAUAAGACAUUAAGGAUUUGACAUUCGAGUCUUACAGAAAAUAUAUUAGUGUAGUGCCACAGAAUGGAAUAUUGUUUAAUGACACGAUCCUUUUUAAUUUGAAGUAUGGUAAUCUAGAUGCAACAAUGGAAGAAGUUGUAGAAAUAGCUAAAAAGUGUUAAAUUCAUGAUAGAAUUCUAACUAUGGAAUAAGGCUACGAUACCUAGGUAGGGGAUUUAGGAAGCAAAUUAUCUGGAGGAGAGAGGCAAAGAAUAUUAAUUGCCAGAGCUUUACUCAAGAAAGAUUGUGAAAUAUUCCUUUUUGAUGAAGCUACUAGCAACUUAGAUUCUCAUAUUGAGAGAGACUUAACAGACUGCUUAGAUGAGAUGAUGGUUAAUAAGACAGUUAUCUACUGUGCUCAUAGACUAUCAUCAAUUGUCAAUGUAGAUAAUAUUUAUGUCAUGGCUGAUGGGAAAGUAGCUGAAUAAGGUACUCAUUGGGAUUUAAUAUAACGCGAAGGCUCUCUAUAUAGUUAAAUGUGGAAGGAUUAUCUUAGAGAAUAGGAAGUAAAGACGGAGGGAAAAGUACUUGAAGUUUAAGUAAAUCCUUAAGAUAGUAAAGUUAUCUAACCAAAGACCCUGCUUAAGCUACAAAAGGAGGCACCUUCAAAUAUUUAAAUCAUCAAGCCAGAUUAGAGGAAGGAGUAGAAUCAGUAGAAUAUUGGUGCGAUGAUGAUGGGUAGAUAGAAAGUAGACUUCUCUAAAAUUGAGAUUUAAAACCUGCCUCAAUUUAAAGGUAAAAUUAGAAAAUUUAAAUUUUCUGAUAACUGUGCAGAUAUUGAUAUUGAAAAGUGGAAGUUACUGUAUGUAGCUAAGUUGCGAGCCUGCUUUAAACUGGCUGACUUUACUGAUAGUAAAAAAGAAUUAGAAUUCAAAGACUAGAAAAAAGACACAUUAAUAGAAGUUAUAGACAUUCUGGAGGAUCCCGAUCCCGAUGAGGAUGAGCCACAUCUUGAGGAAGCAUGGCCUCACCUAUAACUAGUAUAUGAAUUGCUUCUUAAAUUUGUGAUGACUACUUUCAUCCCCUCAUCUGUAAUUGCUGCUAGCAUAAGUUCAUCUUUUAUCAAAUAAAUGCUUGAUCUCUUCGAUUCUGAGGAUCCAAGAGAAAGAGACUAUCUCAAGACUAUUUUGCACAGAAUAUAUGGGAAAUUUAUGCCCUUAAGGACCCCUAUCAGAUAAUAAGUAAUGAACUUAUUGCUGAAGGUAACCUAUGAGCAUGAGAAUCACAAUGGUCUAACUGAACUACUCGAAAUCUUAUCCUCUAUUGUUUCCGGUUAUACAGUACCCUUAAAGCCCGAACAUCAAGAAUUCUUCAUGAGAGUUAUGGUACCUCUUCACAAAGUAAAGUAACUUUCGAACUUCAAUACUUAACUCCAACUGUGCAUUAAAAAUUUCCUCGAAAAAGAUAAUACUUUAAGCGUCCCACUUAUAAAAGGAUUAAUAAAGAUCUGGCCGAUCACUAAUCCAGCCAAAGAAGUGAUAUUCUUGAACGAAAUAGAAGAGAUAAUGGAUACUCAUCCUACAGUUACUUAAUAGAAAUUCUCAGAUUUUGGACCUAAACUAUUGAAGAGGAUGAUAAAGACUUCUUAAUCUAUGCAUUACUAAGCAGCAGAGCGAGCUCUGUUAUAACUUAACUCUGAUACUAUCUAGAAACUAGUCAAAUAAAAUAAAGCCAUUGCCUAUCCUCUGGUGGUAAAGAGUUUGCUUUAAGGUUCUCAGUAAUCACAUUGGAACUAAACAGUAACAACUAUUACUUAUACAGUGAUCAGAAGUUAUAUGGAGAUGGAUCCAGAGGGAUUCGAUCAGUUAUAGAAAAUAGCCACGAGUGAGGAUAAAACAAAACAAGCAAGAUCUAAAGAAAUUGAGGGUAGAUGGUCAAGGCUCGAAUAGAAAGUAGGAGUUUUAAGCAAUUGA